AUGCGCACCAUUUCAUUUGCGAUAUUUACCUUGGUUGUCACCAGUGGUGGCACACCGCUGGGACACAACCCCGAGCGCCUUGGGGAAAUCGUUCCUCGCCAGAUGAAUGUGACAUGUCCAGCAACACCGAAUCCCAUGCCCAAAGCGGCGGCAUUUCCUUCCGUAAAGACGAUGCCAGAUCCGUUUCUGUAUCUCGACGGCAAGACCCGUGUCCAAAGCAAAGACGAAUGGAACCAAUGCCGCCAACCCGAGAUCCUCAAGCUCCUCCAGGAAUACCAAUACGGGUACUACCCUGAUCACUCGCAAGAGACUGUCUCCGCAACUCGAAAUGGCAACACCUUGGCUGUGACUGUCACCACAGGAGGGAGGACCGCUAACAUUGCAGCUUCUUUGAACUUGCCGAGUGGAGGCGGACCGUUCCCAGUGGUCAUCUCGAUCGGCGGGAUGGACACUAAGAGCUAUGUAAACGCGGGGAUAGCGGUAGUCACAUUCGAUUAUACCAAAGUCGCCGCAGACAGUAACAGUAAAUCUGGCUCGUUUUGGACGCUGUAUAGUGGUAGAGACAUCGGGGUACUGACUGCAUGGGCAUGGGGCUUUCAUCGCGUUCUUGACGGCAUCGAACUUAAGGUUCCAGAGAUCGAUGCAACCAAAUCCGGCGUCACCGGUUGCUCUCGUCUGGGCAAAGCCGCUCUGGCUGCUGGGCUAUUUGACAAGCGCAUCGCCGUCACUAUGCCAAUGUGUUCUGGCGUUCAGGGGGCGGGGCCCUACCGAUACAGCCUGAGUGGGCAGGGGGAGAAUCUGGAGAAUGCUAAAUCUGGAGCAGGAUGGUGGACAUCUUCUGGCAUCUCGCAGUUCGUCGGCAAAUCCUCCCAGCUCCCUUACGACGCCCACACGAUCGUUGCAGCCAUAGCCCCACGCGCAGUCAUCCUCUCCCAGAACGUAAACGAUCAAUUCACGGACUCCAAAGGCACCGCCCAAGUGACCUUUCCUGCGGCUAAGGUCGUAUACAAUUGGUUAGGCGUGGGCGAGAAGCUGGGUAUGAGCAUACCGUCUGGUGGACACUGCGAUAUGAGUGGAUACGCGGAUAUCUUGCCUUUUGUGCAAAAGAUACUGCAGAAUAAGAGCACGACGCGGAAUUAUGACGAUUUGAAGACGUGGAAGGCUAUGCCCGAGGCUUUCCCUUGGGGCAGCCAUCUACCAAAGGCAACCUGA